AGUUGAGUGGUGGACUGCUGGUGGGGGAGACGUGUGUGAGGAAAACACAGAUGGUGUCCUGGCUUCUACUGACACUGUACUCUGCAACUUGUUGACGGAGUCAUUGUCAUUUCAAUGGAAGUGAUGUAGAAAAGAGAAAAGAAUACAAUAUUAUGUUUCAUUCGUCGAUUUUCUGCACAUUUGCGCUUCAGAAAAUUUGAAAACGAGUAUUUGUUAAGCACGACUAACACCUGGAGGGCCGUAACAGGCGAGAGUGACCAUGGUGAGCGUGGUGAGUAGCCUGCUGUCCCACACGCUGUGGCGGGUGGUGGGCGCCGACCCCCAUCAUCAUGAUGGGCCGAAACAACCGCACUCCUCCAAACAACAUCUUCCCACGGCCGACACCACCUUAUCCCACGCCUGCGGCACCACCAGGAGGCUCCUCGGCCACACAGAGGGUAGGAGUUUGCAGGCCGUGACGGAGCACCUGUGGGAGAAGGGCGGCGGGGAGCUGUACUGUGGCUGUGAGGCAACUCAUAAAGAUAAGCGGCCUGACAACCUGCGACUCCCUUUGGAAGCUAAAGUGGACGUGAUUGACCCUUGCGAUGCGUGGGUCGUACUCGACGCCCCCUUUUCACCACGUGAUGGCAUGCCGCGGCCCGCGUUGCCGCCGUUGCUGCCAUCCAGCGCUAGGACCAGUACGGUAAAUGUGUCCCCGACAGCCAUUUCAUCUCCGCCUGCCCCUUCCCCGGCCCUCGAGUGGUGGCAGAGCUGUUUUGCUCCGUCUGAUUCCUCUGUUGCUCCAGCAUGUGUUGAGGUACCGUCGCCUGUGCCCCUUUGUGCAUCACCUCGUAGAGAGGUAAGUCAGGAGACAACCAAUUCGAAAGUUGGUGACUUGGCCACGGAUUCUCAGAUUGACCAGGAAUUGAGUUCUAGCUCGAACGACCAUGGGAUAAUUUGUCGUCAGAUGGACAAAGAAUUAACAAAUUACCAGGAGAACCAAAAGAUGAUUAGAUAUGAUGCGUAUCAGGAAGAGAUUUCAUCAAAUUCAUUCCUAGGAAAGAGAAGUGAUGAUAUACGCGGGAUAGUGUGCCCAGACUUACCCAGGAGUUUUACAGGAAGGUCCCGCGGGUCGGCGCCGGGGUCGAGAAAAAUUGCGACUCUUGGCAGCCCAGGGAGCAGAGCGGACAGAUGGCGGUGGCGGCGUCAGUGUCCUCACCGCUCUCGAUCAGAAGACAUCUUGUCUGUUAUGCGCCGGCGUAGUGCAUCCUCUUGCGACGCGGACACUAUGAACCCGUCCACGCACUCUGGCAUCGAUGAUAUCACUGAGACAACUACUUCCAUACAACCCGGAGCCCGUGCACUCCCCCCAGAGAAUCAACCUCGUAGUUUUAAUUAUAUUUAUAAACCUAUGGCGGAGAGAUCUAAUGUAGGCUUAGUUGAGGGUAAGCACUUGAGGAAUAGUGUGAGCUACAGAGAGGACAUCCGAGCCUUUGACAUAUACAAGAUAACAAAGCCUAUUGGACCAGGAGAGUACUCGCGUCUACCCUCCCCUCCAGCACAGUCCGAUCCUGAGAUAAAGGAAGUAACGGUCACACAUGAUGGGCUUAGGAACAGAAAACGAAGGAGCACUGAACACCGAAAGCCCGGAGAAAAGAAAAGAUACCGAGAAGACGAGGAAGAUGCAACGAUGGCGUUAGAAGCAACCACCUUGCUUCUUCCCUCGCCAUUACAACUCCAAGAGAGUUUAAGCACAACAGUAACCAAGGCCAUUAACACAGUACCACGUCCCUCAUCCUCUUCCAGCACAAGUAACGUUCCACCUCAUUCCUCCCCCAUCACCACCACCACCAAGACGACGACCCCUACCGUGACUGGUAAAAAAGAUGAGGAGGACGUGGGUAGCGACGACACGACGAGUGACGCAAACGAUGACGAUGACGAGGCCUCCACGGUCGUCCCCGAGGACUUCAGCGAUGAAACGGACUCCGACAUCGAAGUCUUGGCUCAGUCCGAGUCGUGGGUUGAUCUGUCAGACCAGCCAGGGAGUCCUGACCGUGUGACUCCACUGCCCUUUGGGAAUGGUGAGGAGUACUUGCGGUUGUUGAGGGAGGCCCAGCGGGAGAGCAACCAGUCUUCUGCUCGUGUCUCGCUGUCUUCUUCGCGCCGUGACACACCUAGGGACUCUCCACACGAUUCGCCGAAGUCCCCACCAAACAGCCCUAACACUGAGAUGACUACAGAACCCGAGGAGGCUAUAUUAAAAGGGGUCUAUAUUAAUUACUACAAUAAGGAGGGAGACUUCAUUAGGGUAGAAAAGAACACGGAAACAGACUGGAUUUGGGACUGGAGCAGUCGACCUGACCAGACUCCACCAAAGGAGUGGCGGUUUAGUCAUCCUCGUAAAGGCGUGAGCCGUGGUGCCAGUAUCCGCCGUGUAAUGGUGGGCAACUCUUCACUCUUCUCCCGGGAUGUCCUUUACACCCUCCUUAUCACCAAUGUUUUAUCUCUUCUUAUUGGUACUGGCAUUGGGAUCUGGUUGUCGAAACGAUCAGGCGUCGAAAUUGUGACGUCUUUGCCUAUCAACUGAUUACUGGUGGUAUCCACCAGUCACUCGUCUCACUGUGGCAACCAUUGAAAAUUGUUCAGUCUGUAUUCACUAAUACUUGGCAUCUGUUUUGAAAGGCUUUGUUAUUAAAUAUUUUUGUUAAUGAAGUAACUCUUGUUUUCAGUUUAUCUUGACCUAUUAUGUUAUCAAGGCUUUAGGAUUUGCUGAAGUUCUGUAAGACUGUCUCAUCAGUCUUUUAUUCAAAUACCUGAACAAUACCUUGGUUGAGAAAGAGCAACCCAACUUUGUUAGACGAGUAUAUUUGUAGGUUAGAAACUCGGUGUCAGGUAGUGCCAGGUAAAUACAUUAAAUGCACAUUAUGAGGACUGAUAACUCUUUAAAUAUUCAGUCAACUCUUGUAAUAAUGUGAUAAGUAUUUCCUUUCAUAUGACAUGAAUAUAUAUAUCCUGAUAAAAGGUUUUGGAAAAUUAUAAUUUCCAAAAAAUUCCAAUGAGUAGUUUGUUUCAAGAAAAAAUAAAAGGAAUAAUUUUGUUGAGUUGAAUAUUAUUCAACUUUACAAGGACAUUUUCCUUCCUACUGUAGUACUUUAGUCUCUUUCAGUGUUAACUUUCCCCAGCUGUCCAAAAUAGUUUGCAUAAGCUUUUUUUUUAUACACAGUGUUGCUGUCUUCUCUAGUAAGAUCACUAUAUGUAAUGUGAGGAAACAACACCAGCAAAACCUGUACAAAAUAGUUUGGGGAGGUUGGACAAUUAUCUAGUCACAUGAUGGCAGUACAGUAGAGAAGCUGCUCCAGUGGCUGCACAGAUGAACUCAGCUUUGUCAAAAUCUAAUUUGUUGAGGCUUGUAUUCUCUAGGCACUAAGGGUCAAGCUGUUUGUCAUUGUUGGCACUUUAUGAACUUUAAAGUACAGAACUAUAUUCACUUUUUGUUUUGUUCAACAAAUUAAGCUUUUUGUACUUUUGUCUUUAAAUGUUUGUAUUUUUUGCAAAGUUUUCAUAAACUGUGUUUCACAGCUUUUAAGUUGCCUCAUAAACCUGUUUAAAGGUUGACUAAUCCUAUUGGAAGUGCACAGUAUGACAGGGUGUCUAGAAUACAUUCCUUUAGAUAUUCAAGAUCUUGUAUUUGAAACACUAGGUCAUUGCUUCAUUUAAUUGCUAAUUCCUCAGUCUAGAAUAGUUAUUCUUUAGAUACGAAUUAAAUUUUUUUAUCGUUAUCGUGGUUCAUCUGAGAUCAUGUGUGAGGCUAGAGGUAGAUAUCACACUCGUAACUUGAUUAUACUGUACAUUCAGGCUGGCCGCUUAGCAUGUUCCUGAUGUGUUACCCUUAGAGCUUUAUAAAUCAUUUGUAAAAUUGCUCUAUGGAUGGCUACACUGUAUCUGACACAUUGGAUGGUUGAAUAAAACCACUACUAUGAUAUAUUAACAGUUAAAGAAUUAAAACUUUUUGCUGUUUAAUGUAAAUUUUAAGGAAGAUUUUUAACUUUGUAAAAUGGUUGAUGAAUGAUUUAUGCAUUUUAAUAUUAAACACUAGUAUGUUAGCUAUAAAUUGUUGGUCUUCAGUGUGUGAGAAUAGGUAUAUGAAACCAGGAACACUGGUACCUUGUGGCAUCCAGCUCUUGGAAGCAGAAAUAUCUUGUAUAGAGGUAUUCUGUGACUAUUUUUUGUUACAAUAUUUUAUAUGGUAAUAGGAAGCUAUAAUAGCUUCCUUGCUAAUUCUCACAACUCUUUGAAUACUUAUAGAAAAUGUAAGAGCAUUUAGGUAAUUCCAUGUGGUCAUGGGCUGUGCAAGUGUGAGGACCUUCAUGGUAGUGAGACUUUAGGACAUGUCAUAUUUUUCAGUAAAUGGCAAGUUACUUUGAAAAAUAAAAAAAUUCUUUUCGUCAUUUUCAUUAAGAUAAUUUAUCAACUUGAUCUUCAGCAUUGGCAGACAUUUUCUUGACCAUUGAGCAAAGAAUGUCCAUAAUUUUGAUAAAACAUACUUAAUCAGAUUUUGUGUAGAAUUUCCCUGAUUUAAUGGCAAGAGUUAUAUGGGUCCUACUGUCAAUCACUUUUUAGUAGUGUUGGUUUUUAAAAUUCUCUGAUAUAAGCAUUUACAAAAAGUUUGAAAAUAAAAAUAAACCCUUGCAUAUAUUUCCAGUAUUUCUAGUGUUACUACUAUCUUCAUGUACGUACAAGCAAGUGUAACAGUUCUCGGGACCGUCUUCUCCUACACUGCAGAGUCCAAAGGCAGCACUUCCUGCUGGACUGUCUUGAAUUUGUCUGCUGUCUGAAUUUUUGCAUUUUAAGUAUAAUGGAAUGAAUUAUAUAUACAGUACAUAUAGGAGGAAAGCCUUAUGGAUAAUUCACACGCAGAGUUGGACAAGACAACAUCCAGCUUUCUAGUUUUGUAAUGCUGUCAGGAAAAGGCCAAAUAUAUAAAAAAUAGUAAUGUGA